AUGGUUGUAAAAAAAUUUCCUAAUGGUGACAGAUAUGAAGGAGAUUUGGAAGAUGAAAUGAAAAAUGGAGAAGGAACUUUAUAUUAUGCACAUGGAGGUAAAUAUGAAGGUAAAUGGACUGAUGAUUUACGAAAUGGUUAUGGAGUUAAUACAUGGGCUAAUGGUAAUCGAUAUGAAGGAAACUGGAAGGAUAAUAAGAAACAUGGUAAAGGAACAUUGUUUUAUGCUAAUGGAGGUAAAUAUGUUGGCGAAUGGGAAGACAAUAUGAGAAGUGGUCAAGGAGAAAACACAUGGGCGAAUGGCAAUCGAUAUGAAGGAUCUUGGGCAGAUAAUCACCGACAUGGUCAAGGAACAUUUACGUAUGCAGAUAGAGGAAAAUACGUAGGUGAAUGGGUCAACGGUAUGAGACAUGGACAUGGAAUAAAUACUUGGUUGAAUGGCGAUCGAUAUGAUGGAUUAUGGAGAUAUAAUAGAAAACAUGGUAAAGGAACAUUUUAUCAUGCAGAUGGAACCAAAGAGAUUGGUGUUUGGACGAAAGAUAAACUAGAUGGACAGCCGAAUGAUACAACAGAAAAUGAAAAUGAAAAAGCUGUUUCAAAAAAUCAGAUACAAAUCAAAGGUUUUUGGCUAAAUGGUCAAUCUUUUAUAAUUCUAUUAAUGCCUAAAUCAUCUGAAUGUCCUUAUCUGACACUUGCACGUGAAUUUUGUAUUUCAUUAAAGUGGGAAAAACCAUUUUUUGAUCGUAAUAAUGAUCAUUGCUAUUGCAAUCAUUGUUAUUUGAAAUCAUGGAAUGAUGUUAUCGAAACUGGUGAAGGUAAAUAUGUUAUCCCUCGUGGAUGGGUACGAUUAGGUCUUCAUAUUGAUCCAGUUUUUAUGAAAACUCAUGAUAUUUGGAAUAAAUGGAUAGUAACAUUUCAUGGAACAACAAAAAUUGCAGCACAAUCAAUUCUUACACAUCGUCAAUUUUGUCUUCCAGGCGAUGUAUUAAUUGAUGGUACUAAAUUGGGUAUUCGUGCUGGACAUAUUCCUAAUCAAAAAUUUAUUUAUACAUCACCAACUAUAGCUUAUUCAAGUAGUUUAGCAUAUUGUCCAAUUUAUGAUUUUCAUUCAACAGAAAAUAAUACUGAUUAUCAAACUCAGAUUGUUCUUCAGUGUCGACAAAUGCCCGACAGUUUUAAAAUCGGACCAGAAACAAUUGGAGCUGGUAAUAAUCAAAUUUGUCCACAUAUACCAAAUUCUAAAAUUGAAUAUUUUACUGAUAGAAGAGCAACACUUCUUGCUUAUGGAAUACUUGUAAGGCAUCAAGUUGCUGAACGAAAUUGUGAUAAUGGUCGAAUUGAAUUUACUAGACAAUUGAAUAAAAUAAAAGCACGAUAUGAUGAUUUUACAAAAGAAUUAUCCAAAAUACGUGAAAAUGAUAUUAAACAAUUAUUAGUUAAGAUAGAACAAUUUAAACAAGAAAUUCAUCAAAUCACUAUUAUUCGAAUGAUAAAUUAUUUCACUACAUAA